AUGAGAUUGGUACCUCGAGAGCUUGAUAAACUUGUUCUUCACCAAGUUGGUUCCUUAGCUCAAAAACGUCUUGCACGUGGAGUAAAAUUAAACCAUACAGAAGCCACCGCUCUCAUUGCCUCUCAACUAUUGGAAUUGAUCCGUGAUGGCAAUAAUUCUGUUUCAGAUUUGAUGAACAUUGGCAAACGAAUACUCGGGAGACAACAUGUUCAGCCUGAUGUUUUGGAAACUUUGGUCGAAGUGCAAGUUGAAGGAACUUUUCCCGACGGCACUUAUUUGGUUACUGUCCAUGACCCAAUCUCUUCUGAUGAUAUUGACUUGGGAUUGGCUUUGUACGGAAGUUUCUUACCGAUUCCUGAUAAAUCUAAAUUUACUCGACAAUCAACAAAAGUUAGUAAGGAAGAUAAAGAUGUUGCUCCCGGCGCUGUUAUUGUUAAACCUGGUAAAAUUAUUUUGAAUGAAGGUAGAGAAAGAGUUGCUGUAAAGGUUACAAAUACCGGUGAUAGACCAAUUCAAGUUGGGUCCCAUUAUCAUUUUAUUGAGACGAAUCCAGCAUUGAAAUUUGAUAGGGGUCAAUCAUAUGGUAAAAGACUUGAUAUACCAGCUGGAUCAGCUGUACGUUUUGAGCCAGGCGAAACAAAAACAGUCACAUUGGUAUCAAUUGCUGGAUCGAAAUAUAUUAGUGGUGGAAAUGGAAUAGCAACCGGAAAGGUUGAUUUGUCAAAAAUUGAAUCAAUUGUUGAAACUUUAUUAAAUAAAGGAUUUAACCAUAGCCCACAACCACAACUUGCUUCAUCAUCGUGCACCCCAUACACUAUUGACAGAAGAGCUUAUUCUGAUAUUUUUGGUCCAACAACUGGGGAUAAAGUUAGAUUGGGUAAUACUAAUUUAUGGUUGGAGAUUGAAAAGGAUUAUACCAAGUAUGGCGAUGAGUGUAAAUUUGGUGGUGGCAAAGUGUUGAGAGAGGGUAUGGGUCAAUCAACUACCAUAACUGACAAGGAUGCUUUAGAUUUAGUUAUAACUAAUGCUAUAGUUCUUGAUUAUACUGGAAUUUAUAAAGCUGAUAUUGGAAUAAAGAAUGGAUUAAUUGUUGGUGUUGGUAAAGCUGGUAAUCCUGAUGUUAUGGAAGGUGUGACACCUGGAAUGAUUGUAGGUGCUACUACUGAAGCCUUGGCUGGUGAAGGUCACAUAUUCACAGCUGGUGCCUUGGAUGUUCACGUUCAUUAUAUUUGUCCUCAAUUAAUUCCUGAGGCAAUAUCAUCUGGUAUUACAACAUUAGUAGGUGGAGGUACAGGGCCAAAUACUGGUACCAAUGCAACAACAUGUACACCGGGGCAACAUCAUAUAGAAAUGAUGCUAUCUGCAACAGAUGAUAUGCCAAUUAAUUUUGGUUUUACUGGUAAAGGUAAUUCGUCAGAUCCUGUUGCUUUAGUGGAGCAAAUCAGAGCAGGUGCUAUGGGAUUGAAAUUACAUGAAGAUUGGGGUACAACACCUGCUGCCAUUGACACUUGUUUAGCUGUUGCAGAAGAAUAUGAUGUCCAGGUAAAUAUUCAUACAGAUACACUCAACGAGUCAGGAUUUGUAGAGAAUUCAAUAGAAGCCUUUAAGAACCGUACAAUUCAUGCAUACCAUUCUGAGGGAGCAGGUGGUGGACAUGCACCAGAUAUUAUCAAAGUAUGUGGUGAACCAAAUAUUAUACCAUCAUCAACCAAUCCAACAAGACCUUAUACAUCAAAUACACUUGACGAACAUGUUGAUAUGUUGAUGGUUUGUCAUCAUCUUGACAAAAAUAUCCCAGAGGAUAUUGCAUUUGCUGAAUCACGUAUAAGAGCUGAGACAAUUGCUGCCGAGGAUGUUUUACAUGAUUUAGGAGCUAUUAGUAUCAUUAGUUCUGAUUCACAAGCUAUGGGUAGAAUUGGUGAAGUGGUGCUAAGAACCUGGAAGACUGCUCACAAAAUGAAAUCCCAAAGAGGUAGAUUAGGUGAUGAUAAUGAUGGUCAGGCUGAUAAUUUCAGAAUUAAAAGAUAUGUUGCCAAAUACACCAUCAACCCUGCUAUCGUGUGUGGUAUAGGACAUUUGGUAGGAUCAAUUGAAGUUGGAAAAGUAGCAGACUUGGCGAUGUACAAUCCAGCAUUCUUUGGUACAAAACCAGAAAUAGUUAUCAAGUCAGGUGUAAUUGUUUGGUCACAAAUGGGUGAUGCAAAUGCCUCGAUCCCAACAACUCAACCUGUUAUUUCAAGACCAAUGUUUGGUUCAUAUGGAUCAGCUGCAGCCAAAAAUUCAUUUGCAUUUGUUAGUCAAUUGUCAUUACUUGAAUCAACAGUACCACAUUAUGGUUUGAAGAAGAAGAUUGAGGCGGUGAAGAAGUGUAGAAAUAUUGGUAAAAAAGAUAUGAAAUUGAAUGAUUAUUUGCCAAAGAUAGAGGUUGACCCAGAAACUUAUGUUGUUAAAGCUGAUGGAGUUGUAUGUUCCUGUGAUCCUAUCAACAAAGAAUUAUUAUUACAAUACAAACGGAGCUUGAGAAUGAUAACAAUUGGAGCCACUGGAUAUGGUUAUGACAAUGAUCAUGGCAGCAACGAACCCACAUGGAAGGGAUGA